AUGAAAAGGGAUACACAAAUUACAGAAGCAACUGCAUUCAAAUAUGAGGGAGCACCAAGGAAGCUUCUGGUUGCUGAAGAAUCUAUCACAGAAUUGAAAAAUAAGAUUUCAGUACUUAACACAGAACUUGAGAAGUCUCCAGAUAAAAUAUCACGAUUAGAUUAUGAAAUUAUUUCUCUUACGAGUUCAAGUGAUGCAGCUAUUGAUGAGAGAAACUUACCUGCACUGUGGAGCGCUGUAAUACUGAAAUCAAACGCCUGGUAG